UGUGAUUUGACACAAAAGACGCAAUGAAAAAAGACGACGUAUUAAGCGAACGAAGUUGACAGAAGUAUGGAGUACUUGAAAAUGAUACAGUUGUUGGUUGUAUUUUUGUUUAUCACAAAUGAAGGCGCCGAAACUGAUGUUAAGGACAUUAUAAAUGGCCGCCCGGGAGACACAAUAAAUGUACCAUGUACAAGAGCGGGUCUGAAUACAAUACAGCUGGAAUGGCGUAAGGAUGAACAAACCAAAGUGACGUGGGACAAGAAAAGUGGAAAGCCAGUUUAUAAAAAUGAAGAAGAUGAAGUCAAGUAUACAGUGAAUACAUCUCACGGUUUGAUAAUUGCCAAAGCUGAUUCUACCGAUGAUGGUACAUACACAUGCAUAUUUAAAAGAAACGAUAACAAUGGCUCGCGAACCAAUACUGAGAAUACAGAGGCUAGAGUAUGGCCACAUUGCGAUCCACCACAAACAGAUGGCCAUUCUGUGUAUAGUCCAAUGAAAGGCACAUAUAACGAAGGAGAAAGUGUACAAUUCAUGUGCCACACCGAAAACAAAACUGUUAAAUGUAUUGAAUCUGGUCACGGUAGCGACUGGUCUCCAAAACCCCCGAUGUGCAAGGAUGAUCAAGUUGGAGUUCCAGACGGGUCAUUAGUUGCCAAAAUAGUACUCCCCAUCGUUGGUGUAAUCGCAGUAGUAGUAGCGAUUUCGGCAUAUUGUAUAAUUCGACACCGGAAAAAGAAAACAACAGACGACGGGGCAGAGCUUAACGAUCUUAGUGGAAGCAAAAAGAAACGUGAUGAAGAAGAAGCAUUUAUUGACACAAAUGCAAACACAGAAAGUG